UGGCCUUUCAACCGCCGCUCCAUUCUCAGCGUUUGAGCUCCAAAAUCCUACACUUUUUGAGAGAGAUAGAGAUUCUCAGCGUUUGAGCUCCAAAAUUGUACACUUUUGAGAGAGAGAGAGAGAGAGAGAGAGAGAGCGCCAUGGUGACCAUUAUAGGAGGUUGCAAAAGCCUACUGAUCCCAAGAGGGCGCUUCAUCGGCCAUCGAAAUCCAAUGUUCAAACCUCGUCGCUUAGCUGCGGUUCGAGCGGCCGCUUCUGCUACCGAAAUCGAACCGGAUCUAACUGUAGAUGCAAAAGUCAGCACUAGCAUGAAUCUUUUUGCCUGUCCUAUCUGUUAUUAUCCCCUGAUCAAUAGAAGUCAACAAUCCAUAACUACCACGUCAGGCUCUUUAGUUGAAUGCUCUACUUGCAAGAAAUCUUACCUUGACAAUGACAUAUAUCUUGAUCUGACUCUGUCUGGUGGCUCUAAGGAGUAUGAUGAAACUAUGCCAGCUGCAACAGAGCUUUUCAGGACCCCAUUGGUAUCUUUUCUAUAUGAGAGAGGAUGGCGUCAAAAUUUUGUUUGGGGUGGUUUCCCCGGCCCAGAAAGAGAGUUUGAAAUGGCUAAAGGUUACCUUGAGGCCGCCACUGGAGGAAUGAUUAUCGAUGCCAGUUGUGGGAGCGGAUUAUUUUCCAGGCUAUUUGCAAAGAGCGGAUUGUAUUCACUUGUUGUGGCUUUGGACUUCUCAGAGAAUAUGCUGCGGCAAUGUGAUGAAUUUAUUAAACAGGAGAACAUUUCAAAGGAGAACUUAGUUUUAGUCAGGGCUGAUAUCUCUAGACUUCCUUUUGUUUCAAGUUCUGUUGAUGCUGUGCAUGCUGGAGCUGCAUUGCAUUGCUGGCCAUCACCAUCUGCUGCGGUUGCAGAAAUAAGCAGGGUUCUGCGCCCUGGAGGUGUAUUCGUUGCCACAACCUUUAUUCUUGAUGUUUUUCACCCAGCUGUUCCAGUCUUCAGGGCUGUACGUCAGAUAUUUACAAGGGCAUCAAGCAACAACCUCUUUCUAUCCGAAGGCGAGCUCAAAGAUCUCUGCAGAGCCUCUGGCCUUGUUGACUUCACUUGUACAAGGAAUGGUCCCUUUGUGAUGCUUUCAGCUACGAAACCUGGCAGAUUGUGAACAAUGUAAAACCUAAAGGCUGGGAGAACUCCUUUAAUGUAAUAGGGUAUAUCUGUUGAGGUUAUUACAUAGCAAUAUAGAAUGAUUGAUAAUUGCAGAUAGACCCCUUUUACUUCUA